GGAGGAAGUUGCUGUGCAGAGGGGCUCCUGUAGUCUUCCCAGGGUCGAAGCAGCAGCUGGCAGACAAAGAGGAUGGCAAUAAGAACACUCGGGACAACUGUAAAUAACAAGCACUGUUGAAAAGGGAAGAAAAUCAAGCCAGAAAUCAAAUAUUUUCCAUUUCCUUCAGAAAACUACACAAUUCUCCUCUUCCAACAGCUGUUAGACAAAAGAGAGAAAAUCAAGAAAGAAUAAACAGAUCAUGCAGAACUCAAAGAUGCAUUACAUGAAAAGUGAAGGGAGAUUAUUUAUCAUUCAGCAAAAGAGGGAAAUAUCUGGAGGUCAGUGGGGAAGAAAAGGUCAAUAGUAAAGCCACGUAGAGCAGACAGUAAUUCAGGCCUCUCCCUGUGAGGAAGAAAACGGCUUGAAUGAAAGCACCACUAAACAAAGCAUUGUCCAUAUUUUAUCUCUUCAAGAAUAUCAUCUGUGGAAAAGCUCCAUAGAUUUGUCUAUUGUGGGAAAAGCACAGAUUGCAAAUCACAGCUGAUUAUGCACAGGAGGAGCCAGAGAGGAGAACAACCAUACAAAUUACCUGAUUGUGGCAAAAGCUUUGGUCACAACAGCUCCCUUGUGGUUCAUGGAAGCAUCCAGACACAAGAGGGAAGCCAGUAAAUGCUUUAGUGAGCAUGGCAACAUGGUGCUACAUCAGAUAAAUCACAGGAGGAAGAAAACAUAUGACUGUGCAGAUUGUGUGAAAGUUUCAUUAGAAAUUCCCAGGUCAGGAGACACUAAAGAACGCGCACACAGGAAUAAAACCAUUUGAACAUCCUUUCUGUGGGAAAAGUUUCAGUGAGAAUUCCAUCCUGGUGAAGCACCAGAGAACUCACACAGAAGAGAAAACCUUUGAAUGUCCUGAUUAUGGGAAAGUCACAAUUCCAGGUUGGUGAUACACCAGAAGACUCACAUAGGAGAGAAAUGUUUUGAAUGUCCUGAUUGUUGGAAAAAUUUCAGUUAUAAUUCCAACUUGGUGAUAGACCAGAGGAAUCAUAAAUGAGAAAAACCCGUUCAAUAUACUGACUGCGAGAAGUUCCAGUUCGUAAUUCCCACCUGGCAAUACAUCAGAGGAUUCACUCCAUGGAGAAAUCUUAUGAAUGUCGAGAUUGUGGGAAAGCUUUCAUUAGAAAUUCGCACCUCCUGAGACACAAGACCACACACACAGGAGAGAAACCCUUUGAAUGUCCUAUCUGUGGGAAAUGUUACAGUCAGAAUUCCCACCUGGUGAUACACCAGAGGAUUCACACAGGAGAGAAACCCUUUGAAUGUCCUGAUUGUGGGAAAGGUUUUAGAGAUAAUUCCAGCCUGGUGAGACAUCAGAGGAGUCACAUAGGAGAGAAACCCUUUGAAUGCCCUAUCUGUGGGAAAUGUUACAGUCAGAAUUCCCACCUGGUGAGACAUCAGAGGACUCACACAGGAGAGAAACCCUUCGAAUGUCCUGAUUGUGGGAAAGGUUUUAGAGAUAAUUCUUACCUGGUCAUACAUCAGAGGACUCACACAGGAGAGAAACCCUUUGAAAUUCCUGAUUGUGGGAAAGGUUUUAGAGAUAAUUCCAGCCUGGUGAGACAUCAGAGGACUCACAGAGCAGAGAAAGCCUUUAAAUGUCCUGAUUGUGGGAAAGGUUUUAGAGAUAAUUCUCACCUGGUGAGACAUCAGAGGACUCACACAGGAGAGAAACCCUUUGAAUGUCCCGACUGUGGUAAACGUUACUGUCAGAAUUCUUACCUAGUGAAACACCAGAGGACUCACACAGGAGAGAAACCCUUUGAAUGUCCCCUCUGUGGGAAAGGUUUUAGUGAUAAUUCCAGCCUGGUGACACACCAGAGGAUUCACACAGGAGAGAAACCCUUUGAAUGUCCCCUCUGUGGGAAAGGUUUUAAUGAUAAUUCCAGCCUGGUGAGACACCAGAGGACUCACACUGGAGAGAAACCCUUUGAAUGUCCUAUCUGUGGGAAAAGCUUUAGUGUUAAUUCCAGCCUGGUGAGACACCAGAGGACUCACACAGGAGAGAAGCCCUUUGAAUGUCCUGAUUGUGGGAAAAGUUUUAGAGAUAAUUCCCACCUGGUGAGACACCAGAGGACUCACACAGGAGAGAAACCCUUUGAAUGUCCUGGCUGUGGAAAACGUUACUGUCAGAAUUCCCAGCUGGUGACACACCAGAGGACUCACACAGGAGAGAAGCCCUUUGAAUGUCCUAUCUGUGGGAAAGGUUUUAGUCAUAAUUCCAGCCUGGUGAAACACCAGAGGACUCACACAGGAGAGAAACCCUUUGAAUGUCUGGACUGUGGGAAAUGUUACAGUGAGAAUUCCCACUUGGUGAGACAUCAGAGGACUCACAAACAAGAGAAACCCUUGAAUGUCCUAUCUGUAGGAAAAGUUUCAGUCAGAAUUCGUACCUAAUGAUACAGUAGAGAUUUUACACUGUGGAGAAAUGUUUGAAAUAUCCAGUCUGUGGACAUUACUUCAAGCAUAAAUCAUCCCUUAUUGCACACAAGAUAAUCCAUAUGAGGAAUAGUAGAUAAGUUUACAGAAUGCUUGAAUUUCAUUUGUGAUCUCCCAUUGAAAGUAUAGGUGAGAAAUUGAUUGAAUUUUGGCCUGAUUCAUUUUACUCAAAUGUUUCUCAGGACUAAAUGUAUAGGUGGAGAGAAAAGGAAAAUGGAAAUGGCUAAUUACCAUUUUCAGUGGGCCCUGGAUUCAUCCCUGUUGUGAACUGUGGUAAUAGCGCAACGCACCACACGGUGUCCUGCCGCAGGCAUAACAUACACAGAUAUGACUCACAUUCUUCUCUGCCUUCUCGGAAGGGAAGCAAGAGUGAAAGAAAAUGCAGUCUAGUGGAAAUGGUUGGAGUGCACUUAGAGGAGUUUAGCCAAAAGGAAAAGGAUAACUGAUAGUAGCUUUUUAAAACAUUAUUUCCUCCCCCCAAAAAAAUCCUCCAGAAGUUAAAAGUUGUUAAGAAUAAUCUGGGUUCACAACCAAGGUUGUGGACUGUUGAGCAGAGUAUCCUACACUUGAAAAGAAUUGAGAUUGGUGGUGGACAGUAACUGUUACUACACAGACAAACUGAUAGGUUUGAUAUUCCUUUACUUUUAGGGAAAGGCAAAGGCAUAGUCGAAAAACAAUCCCAGGUCAUACACAUAUAAAGCCAGUCAGUCUUCUUACCAACGUAGACUUGCAAACGAAGUCUUCUUUCAGUUCGGCAAAACACAGUUCAACACACAACAGUCAGCAUCUUGAGGAAUCAGUAACUAGCCAUGAUCAAGAAACGAUCAUAAAGCUCAAAUAUACAGUUGCAGCAUGUCAUCAGGUUACAAUGCUGUAGGGUUCCUGUAGAUUCCCCAUAAUUUAGUAGUCCUUUUAUACAUUGGCUACAGAGCUGAACCAAUCAGGAAGCAGCACAGUCUUAAAGCAAUAUCAUGCCUUUCUACAAACAUACAUAGUUAGUUUAUAUAUUGCCUGGCCAACUAGUUAGGCAAAUAACAAUUUCCUGACAUACUCCCCUUUGGACAGGUCAAUAUAUAAUGACUUACAAUCUCAGCCCAUAACUCUCACAACAUAUUUUAUGUCUGAUUGCACCCUGCGGUUUUGUAAAAUUAUCGGCAAUAUUAUUUUCUGACAUACAAUACUUCCAUUGUAUGAUACAACUUCCGUUGUAUCAUAUUAUCCUAUAUACAUUGCCUUAGAUUUAGGUAUCUAAUGUCAGUAUAUUUAGAUCUGGUUUUAACAGCUAAACUAGUUGCCAUUUUAAUAGCCGCUUGAUUAUCUUCAAAAACAACAAUUGGAUUAUUUACACUUAAACCUAUAUCUAAUAUCAAUUGUCUAUAGUAGAUUAAUUCUGUGCACAAUCAAGACAAACAGGAAAAUUCAGCUUCCAGUGUCGGCAAACUUAUGUGCUUUUGCCUGAUAGAUUUCCACCCAAUUAAUAUAUUUCCUAACAUUAUUGCGAUACCUGAUGUAGAUUUUCUCGUAACUAAAUCAGUAGCAAAACUAGCAUCAGCAUAUGCAGUCAGUAGAAGAUCACAGUUAGGUUCUAGAUAUAAGGCGUAAUGCAUUGUUGGCUUCAAAUAUCUCAGUAUCGAUUUUGCAGCUUGCCAAUGCCUCUCAGUUGGUUCUGCAUUAUACCUAGCUAAUUGGUUAACACAAUAAGAAAUAUCAGGUCUAGACCAAUUACUAAUGUAAGAUAAACUACCUAUCAAGGAUUGAUAUAUCUCCCUGCUGAAUACAGGACUUUGUAUAUCACCGUGUUUAAAAUCCUGACUCAUAGAUGUUUUUGCUGGUUUACACAGUUCCAUAUUGUAACGUUUCAGUAAUUGACUAAUUUUACUAGAUUGUGACAGUUUGUAUCCUCUGGUUGUUUUCUCAAUAUUGAGACCUAAAUAGUGUUUAAUAUUGCCAAGAUUUGAUAUUUUGAAUUUCUUCUGCAACAAAACAACAAGUUCUUUUGCUUCCUUUUCAGUUUUAGUUAUAAUGGCAAUAUCGUCUGUAAAUAAGAGUAAAAAUGAAACCAAACCAUCUUUCUUUCGUUUAAAGAGACAUUUGUCCACUAUACUUGCUCUAAAACCUAUAGCAUUUAAUUCUUUCACUAUACAUUUAUUCCAUUCAAACCCUGAUUGCUUCAGACCAUAAAGACUCUCUUUUAAUUUCCAGCAAUCAGUUCGCCCAUCCGUUCUAAUACCUAAUGGUUUUUUCAUAUAGAUAUCAUGAUGCAAAGGUGCAUGUAAAUAUGCUGUCUCAACAUCUAUAUGAGUGAUCUGAUAUUCAUUUUUCGCUGCCCACACAAACAUUGCUCUCAAUGUGGUUGCUCUCAAAUUGGGAGCAAAAACUUCAUCAUAAUCUUUAUC